AUGGCGGAGACGGCAGAUCCUGCAAGCACACCUGGCGAGCUGCCAAAACAGGCCGCCGAACCAACCGAUGCGCUGGCUGCACCGACGAGCACCUCUGCCGAAGAUUCUACGUUUUCAGCCGUGGAUGUUUCUCUGCCCCCUAUAGAUAAAUCUCUACCAGCAAUGGACACCCCUGUGACAAGUGUAGACACAACGCUCCCACCACUGGACCCAUCAAUACCGUCUCUGCCGCCAAUUGACACAUCCUUACCUCCGAUAGACACUACCUUGCCAGCUACAGACGGGGGUUUGGGAACAGAUACGCAUUUCUCGUUCGACGAUCCAGACCCAAAACACGAUGACGGAGGACUCGGCGGGCCGGAGCCUACUACGCAUGUUUCGGCAACACCUGGUAGUAAUAUUGGCGAACAACCGGGACCUUCGCCUGCCCCCGACUCUUCAUGGCAGCUGCCGUCCAAUGGUACACAUUCGCAACACCUACCUCCACUACAGAACCAAUCAGUGCAACCGCAAUCACAGUCGCAGUAUCAGCAGCCACAGCAACAGCAACAGCAACAUGCGCCGUCACAGCAGUAUCAACCCCAGCAGCAGGGUCAAAUGCAGUCGCAACCCCAGUCGCAACAAUACCAGCAGCAGAGCUCCGACAUGUAUCACAACCAUCAAGCUAGUUCUGCACCGAUGAACGCACCCUCGAUGCAGACAAUGGACCAUCACUCUACCCAGGGACAGACGUCGCAUGUGCCACAAGCCCCCAUCGGAUCGCCCAUGCCCCCAAUGGCCUCGGUAGGCCACUCCGAACCCACAUCCGUCGCUGGUGGUCAACCCGCAAGAUCCUUCUACCUCUCGUCGACCCCCACAUACCCUUCUGCUCCUCCGGGUUACGUGCCUGCGGUCUCUCAGCCUUUUGCUCCGUCCGAGUCUCCCAGCACGUCCACCGAGAGAUACGAUUACGGCGCGCAGAUCGAUCCAACAUUGGACGGAAACAACUCUUCGAACAUGGCCAGUGUGCAGAAUGCUGUAGAGGGUGGCUUGCAGCCGACUGUCAAUCCGGCGAACACCACGACAUCGUCGGACCCUACAAGCUUCAGAGUGAAGCAAGUCCAAAUCAGCGAUCUUCUGGCGCUGAGAGGGAUCCCUCCUCCCCCACCUCAUCCUAUUACUGCCAUUCAGCCGAACCGUCUAGAAGAAAUCAAGGCGGUGUUCCUUGCCACAUAUGCUCCUGCCAUUGACAAAUUCUUCGAGACGCGUUGGUUCCAGGAGAAGGCUUUGACUCACCUUUUGGCCAAUGCCCAGCUCAUGGCCGAGUAUUCGGCGCUAAUCGAGGCAUUCAACGAUCAGAACCUCAAUGACCCGAAUGUCAUCGCACGACUAGAAAGCUUUGAAGCGUCCGUGGUCUGGAGCUCCAUGACGUUAUGCCGUCAUGUUAUGAAUGUAUCGAAUGGAAGCCAUGGCCAAGAUUAUGAUUUAUUAGCCGCUUCUAAACGACUGGACGUCAUUGAGGCCAUGAUCACGGGCGAACAUCUGGACUCGAAUCCCUUGGCACAGUUUCCUCCCAGAGAAACGCCCACAAAUCCCCCGGGUCUAUCGGAUCAGUUAGCGCAACGAUCGCUGGAUUUCUGGAGCGCAGUUGGCCACUUUCUUACUCUCCAUGACAACGAGGCUAGUUCAGCCAAAGAGAUUGACGAUACACUGGGCCGUUGCCGCACGCUGUUGGAUACGUUUGAAAACCGUGAUGUGAUCUAUUCAAUCGCUAUUGCGCGUCAUCUCGGACAGCGCUGGGCAGAUUUCCCGCGCAGCUUCCCCCAACCCAUCACAACGAACGAGAAGGAUGCUGGAGCUAAGCUCUACGUUGCACAGAAGUUCCUCGAACAAGAAGCAGGUGGGAAAGGCACCACGCAAGUUAUCAAACGUAUUUGCGGUAUGGUGGUCCGUUCCUGGUUCGUAUCACGGGAGUAA